UCAAUAUAUACAAGCUUUAAAGAUUUUCUUCUAACUCUACUUUGGCCACGGGUAGUCCAUCGAACAGAUCCAGGCUGAAACAUUUAGGUAGUCACCAAUAGAAUUUCAUCGUACUGUAGAAGGAUUUUAAAUUUUAAUGAGCGAAUCAAAUCGAUUAUGAUACAUCUUAAAGUUGGUAAUAUGGAGUAAACGAUAUUUUUUAAUGUCAUUGUAUGUUGCAGUUGAAGGAAGAAUAAGAUGUUGGAAUAUAAAAAUAUUUGUAUAAAUAUACUGUCUAAUAGCAUGAUAUUUUUAAUCUUGUUUAAUCUUAUUUAAUAUUUAUAUCUAUAUAUAUAUUUUUUGUAUUAUUUCCAAUUAUUCGUUUUUCAUAAUAUUUUUGUAAAAAGAAUUUAAGAUGCAAGACAAUUAUAACUCUUCCAGCUGUCACUUUAAAUGGGCUGGAUUAUUUAUAUUUGGACGAAUGAGAUUUCAAGCAUAUAUAUAAAUUACGUAUAAUAUAUGAUAAUGAAAAUGAUAAAUUACAAACAAGAUAGUGAUGUAUAUAUUCUUAAUUUUUUAUUAUAAACUAGGAACUAUAUUACCAAUUACAGGUUUUUUUAAAUAUCUAACGAGUUACUUUUAAGCAAUAUGAGACGUGCCAGAAUAAAAGCAUUAGCCACAGUACCAGUGCGUCGAAAGACGACACAAAACAUAGUUACAGAUGAAACGGAUAAUAGCAAUGAAAAUAAAAACGAUGAUAAUAAAGAUAACGAUAAUAAAGAUAAUAAUAAGGAUAAGAAGGAUAAUAGUGAUAAUAAAGAGCAAAGUGAUAUUAGUAACCAAGAGGAUACACCUGCAAGUGUUUGUCAAGAAAAUGACGCAUCAGAAGAAUCAAAUAGUAAGGAGAAAGCAAUAAUAAAUGAAUCUCAUAAAAUACAAGAACGUGUCGAAGAGAAGCAAAACGUUCAAUCUAAUUCCAUAGAACUAAACAGUCCACAAGUAACUCAUCCCCCUGAAGUUCCUAAUACAAAUAUAAAUGUGUUAGGAUCACCAACUAAGACUGCGCAGAAUCGAUCUUGUUUUAUGAGACCUGUACCAAGAUUAAAUAAUAGCGGUCGAAUAAGAAGCAACAGUAUUCAAGGUAGCGGGGCUAGUGCAAGCGAAUCGGAAGAUGAUAGUAAAAGGAUAAUUAAUAACGUAACAAAUAGAACGCGCAAUGAUUCAGUGUGUUCCAUUCAAAGCAGUAAAGAAGUUAAUUCUAAUAAUGUAUCGAGCAAUGCUACUACUAAAUUAAAAACUGGUCAAAAGAGACGUAUAUUAAUAUCAGAAUCGGCAAGAAAGUUAGCCGAAGCUAGAAGAGAAUUUCUCUUAAAACACGAGAACAAAACACCGGAUAGAACGAAGCUUACAAUGUACGAUUUAAUAUAUUAUAAUCCUGUUACAAAUCCUAUGAAAAAAUCAAAGGAACCGGGUAUAAGUCACAUAGACAGAGAUUCUAUUUCUCAAAUCGAUGAAUUAGAAGAGGAAGAAAGGGAAGAUGAUCCGUCAUCUAUGCCAGUACCACAAGUAAAAGUUGGUCCGGAUGGACAGCUGAUAAUAGAUGAACAAAGUUUAGUAAUAGAGCAAUCGCAUGCAAAGAAAAGUCGUGAAGUGUUAGCUAAAAAAGCGAUAAUCGAUGAUGAUAACUAUGGAUCAGGUUUUUAUAAAAGACGUCCGAAAGGAAAAGAAUGGCCAAAAUGGGAAACAUUGAAAUUCUACAAGGCAUUAAAUAUAGUCGGUACAGAUUUCUUAUUGAUGCAAACUCUCUUUCCAAAUAGAACGCGACAAGAAAUUAAAUUAAAAUAUAAAAAAGAGGAAAGAAUGAAUAGAAGAUUAAUCGAGAAGGCAUUAGAAUAUCAUCAAGAAUUUAGUCCUGAAAUGGAAGAAGAAUUAGCGAAAUUUGAAGCAUCGACUCGGCAACAAUUUUACAUGGAACAGGAAACGGAUAUGAAGAAUAAAGAAAAAAAGAAAUUAAAAAGAAGAGUGGGGUCUCGAUUUGCAGCAAGAAGUGUAGGAGAAGCGACGGUAACGGAUGACGAGAUAACAGAAUCAGAAAUGUCAGAAAUACAACAUAAAGAUAUCGAGGCGAAUAAUAAUCAGUUUUUACAGAGGCCAAGGAAACGUCUUAAAUCAAGUGUCAAAAGGACGGAUGAAGUUACAGAGGAGGGUAAAAAUGCAUGUUCAACAUCUGGUCCUGAGUCAGAUAGCGAUGCAGAGAUUUAUCAAAUCAGACCUACCAGAUCUGGUAGAGUGCCAAGAGUUAGAAAAUUACAAGGUCCUGAUAUAAAUAACUUGCAUAGUACUGGUACAGAACAAUCGGAACAUUCUGAAGGAAUAUUAUUAGAGAAUAACGAGGAAACUGUAAAAUCUACAAAUACCAGCAAUGAUACUGUUAUCAAUAACGAAGUGUAUCCCGAUGUCAUCACAUCCGCUAUUCCUAAUAUCGGUGAAGUAGAACCAGGUUCGGUAGUUAUUUUAUCAAAGGAAUCUCCUGAAGAACCUGGUGAAACCGUGUUACAAGUAUAUAUGGUUAGUUCUAACGUCGACGCAUUAAAUAUUCCGAUUGAGAACGAUAUCGUUCCUAUAAAAACGCAAUCCGAAGUUUUGGCUACAACACCGAACGCCUCCGAAGUGAAAUCGAUCGUAGGGAAAAAAGAACAAGAAUGUGAGAGAGAUUUGUUAUAAAUUAUUUUAUAUUUCUUUUAAUUUUUUUUUGUCCCAAUGAGAGAAUAAGGUUCUAACAGAUGAUAUUGUGUAAAAAGUAUCGGUACAUUAUAUAUAAUAUAUUAAAUAUAUAUAAUAUAUUAAAUAUGUGUGUGUAUAUAUAUAUAUA